CAUGUUGCGACAGCCAUUCUCUCCAGUCGGUGGAGAGUCAGGAGACGAACAAACCUGGCGGUUGUAAAGGAGGCUGUUAACGGCAAAUCACUCACAACUGGCACGCUGUUGGGUCUCAGUGGAGGUGUUUUACCUCUUGUAAUGGUUGGGGGCUAUCAUAUGUAGCUCAGUGAAGCAACAGAGUCAAGGGGUCGACCAGCACCCCCGUGAAUUUGCCACAGCAGCUACAUUAGCGGUGUUUUACUAGCCAGCUAACAUUACACGAACUUGGCAUGAAGAGAUCGCUUUGUAGCGGCUAGUUAGCAAGUCUUGCUAACGUGCUAACUUCUGUUAGUUGGGUGCAAACACUGACUGCUGCUGGUGGGAAACCAAGGAACGAAGAAGGAGCGUUUAACCUCCUCGGACCCAUUAGCGUUAGCCUCAUCAAGCUCCAAAGGAUAACUUAUCUCGGUUUGGAUACACGACCGAAAGGAGUCGCCGGAUAGUCCCGCUGUUUUUAUUCAUUUCAACAUCUGAGCCUUCCACCCUCACUGCCCCUGGCUCAGUCCGUGGCUCAGCAUCACUUCAAAAGGGAAGGUCUGCAGAGCUGCAGAUAACAGGCUGUACCCCUAAGCACCGGCAGGCUUUUCCAGAGUCCCUGCGCAGUGCCUCGACUGACAGAAAGAAUCGGCCCUUAGUGUGGGAGCUGGAGUGGAGAAGACCAAUUGUGGCCUGUGCAAAGUCAGACAGAGAUAACUAAUGCCAAGCCCUUCUCCUCUUCAGACAGCCUAGCGAAGGUCCAGGAGGUAGCAAGCUGGCUUUUGGAAAUGAACCAGGAUCUGCUGUCGGGGGGCAGCAGCAGCAGGCGGAGUCGGGGGCCGGGGGGGCCGGCAGUGCGAGGUAACGCCUCCUCCACGGCCCGGGCACCUCAACAGGCGGCAGAGGAGGGAGAUGAGGAUGAGCACAUGAACCGGGUAGUAGAGGAGGAAGAGCAGCUGCAGCAAAGGCCUGAGGCAUCACAGGUUGAUGGUCAGAGGGAAGCACCAUGGGCGCCAAGUGAAGGCAGCAAAGGUCCUCGAGGGGAUGAGGAAGGGGAAGAAGACGAAGAUGGCCCUGCAAACGAAGUGAACGGAGGAGAGAAGGGAGCUCGAUGGAUGUGGGGGGCAGAGCAGAGCCGGCUGCGAGGCCAGCCGCUGGGCGAAGAAGAGGAGGAGGAGGAGGAAGAGGAGGAGAACAACAACAGCAGCGGUCACCAAGAGGAGGAGGAGGUAGAGGAGAGGACAGAGGGAGGAGAGGAGAGAGGGAGGGAGGAAGAGGAGAGAGAGGAAGGCGAGGAGGAAGAGGAGGAGGAUGAGGAGGAGAUGGACCAAGACAGUGAUGACUUUGAACAUUCGGCUGAGAGUGGGAGGGAGGAGGAAGAGGAGGAGGAAGGAGAAGGGGAGGAAGGGCUGCGGUCUCCCUCUCUCAGGAACAAUGUGUCUGCCCCCAAUAACAACCUGGACUCUAGUUGUACACACCAAAGCUCUUCCAACAAGAAGGUAAGAAAAAAAACCUCACAUUUUCAUUAUGUAGCACUUAUAGUCAUUUCCAUCUCAUCAGCAGUGUGUUUCUUAGUUCCAUCAUUUCACGCACAGCAGAAAAAGAAAUGAACAUAUGAACAUCUCUCUGCACACUUUGCUGGUGCUUGGAAGUGUUCUGUCUGACAUGUCACAAAGUGCUGUUUGUCACCUCUAGGGGGCAGCAUGAGCUAAAAGUUAAGCGAUCACUAAGGCAGUGGAAAGCUCAGUGUCACCCAGGACCUUCCCCUUGUCAGUAUAAAGCAAGGAGGUUUUUUUUGCAAUACAGCUGUGUCUGUGGUCGUGCCAUGUGUGUUUAAUUUCUCUCUUGCUUUGACGGCGGUUUUAACGGCCAAACUUUUGGCCAUUUUGUGGUCUGAUUGGAAUCUUUCAUGUUGUUUACUGCAGUUGUUUUCGUAUCAGUAGUGGCCUUGUGGCUCUCUGUUGUCAUGCUUUAGUUGUGAAAACAUGAACAUUUCCCAAUCACUUCUUUUGCGCCUGAAGACUGUUUGCUGUUUUCCAUCCUCUUUUCUACCCUUUGCAGACAUUUGUGUUUAUGAGCAGUUCAUGUGUCCCUUCGACCCACAUCUGCUAUCUUUCAAGCAACUCGCCCCCUCUUCACUCAUUUUCCACAUGCAGACACUCUUGGCUAAGAGCAUCAUUAAAUGUUCAGGUUGUUAUGAUGACAAUGAGUGCAGCACUCAAUACUGCGUUAAGAGUCUGAAGAAGCUCUUACACUGUUGCACAUCUUCACAGGUUUAAUGCAAUGAUAAUUUUACAGAAAGUCCUUGGGAAACAAUUACAAAGAUGGUCUGUGCUAAGAGAUCAAUAGCUUUUGUUCAAGUUUUGGUUGGAGAAACAAUGUGUAUUUGGGAGGGCAAUCCAAGAAAUAAAAUACCAGCCAACCCAAUUAUGUUCAGUUCACUUAUAUUCAAUUAUGUUGUUGGGCUGAUUAGAGAGCUACAACAAUUAGUUGAUUAGUCUAUUGACAUAAAAUUAGUUGGCCGAUCUUUAUCAUCUUUUCUUUGUCCUUUAUGAUGCUAAAUGACGAGCCUUUGGGUUUGGACUGUUGGUUGGACAAAACAGUCAAUAUGAAGAUGCCUUCUUGAACUCCGGGAAACUCUUUGGACACUAUAUACAAUUAAUUGAUAAUGAUUAAUCGCAUUGAUAAUGGAAAUAGUGGUUAUUUGCAGCCCUGGUUGACUAAUAGAAUUCUCGUAAAUAGGCUGAAAAACAUAGAGGAUUGAUCAGUUUUCACUACAGUAGUGUAUUUCAUUGUACACAUUUUUCAAAAGCAGUCUACAAUGAUAUGUGCAAUCAAACGGUUUUCCCAGGUAUAGUGUUGUUUAAUUCAUGAAAUGUUGCCUUAUUGUUCGGCCUUCAGUCUCUUUUCUGGCAUGUUGAAGUGGAAUGGUCAGUUAUAUUAGCAUUGGGUGUGCCAGUUCAGUGCUUGGGUUUGAUGGGACUCCAAGUCAACAGGUGCAAGGUGGCUGCCAGCAUUACAACUGGGCGUAGGAUCAAGUGGUGUGGGGAUAACUGAAGACCUGGUGCAGCUUUGGUGUGCACCCUGAUAUUUCUGUGACAGUGUGGGGUCAAAAGCUGCAUCUGUGUUUUUCCUGUGCUGCUGGCUCACUGCAGAGAAGCACAGAAAAGAGACCGUCUUUAUGUCACAGGCUCACUCGAUUGCAAGUGCAGUCUGCUGCACAGUUAGUCCAGUUAAAAGAGCAUCUGGUUUUAUAAUUUACACAGUAUAAUAAUUAUAUCAACUUAAAAGAGCGUUAUAGAAUUGCAGUGAUGCUUAUUUUCUCAGAUAAUAGAUUGUUUUGCAACCAAGGGUUUCACCAGUGAUACGUCCUCUCUCAUAUGAACAAAUAUGCUCAUUUUCUGCCUCUAAAAGAUAUAAUUAGUUAACGCUCGACUGUUUUGACAGGUAAAGCCUUGCUAAUUUAUCUUACGAUUGGAAUGGUUUAACUGUCCAGGUUUCACGCAUCUUAUUUACAGCUCAUUGUGUUUAUUUUUAAAGAAAAUCCAGAAAUGUAUCAUUAUCAUUUAUUUUUACUGUUCCAAAGGACAUGAAAAUCCAUAACACAAAACCCAACAACAAAAUCAGAUACAAAGUAGGGGAUAAACUCUAAAUGAAAAUCAGUUAGAACUGGUCUGCUCAUAAUUUUCGGUCAAAACCGAGAGCUGUGAGCUUUAGUUAUAUACUCUUAGUGAAUUUAAUGGUCUGUAAAGUUCUUCCUAUUUAUUACAAAAGCCAUGACCAGUACCCACCACACUGUAAUCUUAUCGUGCCUUUAGCCACGAUGCCUAAUGUGAAAUCAAAUCUGUCAUUCUGCAAUGUAUUCGUCGAAACGAGAAGGACAACAUCACAUUCACAGAUGAAUUGUCCUGCUGCUUGUCGAAAGCAUUGACAUUUCCUCCAGGUGUCUACAAGCAUGAAAUUUUGCUAGGCAGAACAUCUGCAUUGAUGUUGGGGUCACAUCAGGUUACAAAGAAAGCAUAAACCAGAGAUGUCUCUGUUGGCCUGCCAUCUGUCUUGCUGUGCACUGUUGUCUGCUGGAUGGGAAAAGUAGCUGGGUUUCCUGCUUGACAUUAUUUAUCCCCGUAUGUAUUCUGACUGCUCAGGACAGCUUUGACCCCACGUUGAGUAAAAGCUUUGUCCAAGUAGAAAAGAGUAAGAUUCUCAUUUCAGCGUUUCAUAUUGAUUCUUGUAUACCGCCAACUGCCGAAGUACAGGUGUCAAAGUAAACAUACUUUAUCUUAGCAUGAAGGGAAAUUAUUUUGCUGCUGGAGGGAUAAUAAAGGCAGAAUACCAAAUGGACCAAGGUGUGUGUGUGUGUGUGUGUGUGUGUGUGUGUGUGUGUGUGUGUGUGUGUGUGUGUGUGUGUGUGUUAAAGUAAUACUUCAAACACGUGUCAGAGUCCUCAGACAUCAGGAGGGUGGAUGGUGGCAUCAAGUGCCAGACCAGGAUAGGUGUAUCACCGGUAAAUUUUUCUUAUGUCCUAAAGGACAAUUAAAUGCAUGUUUAUAGUUAUGUCAAAGUAGAUUAUUUUUAGAAUUGUAAGCCAUGAAAAUUUAAAUGAAAAUUUUGAAAAAUUUUAUUUGAGAUAUAUGUUACAAUAAUAAAAGCCUAUUGAGUUUUCUAAAUUAAAUUCAUGUAAUUUUCCCUCAUUAUCAGUUAAUCUAAACUAAUUUAGUAGAAAAAGUACCAAAUACUCCCAGGUUUCAGCUUCUUUAUUUAUAUAUAGUUAUGAUUCUAGUUAGAUUAAUGAGGAGUUUGGGUUAAAAUUCAUCUUGGGCAAAAGUCAGUAUAGCGCAGUGUUGGUAUUAAACUACCUUCAUUUAAGUACAGUUUGUGUUUUUUUGUUGUUGUUGUUGUU